AUUAAGGAGCGAUGACAGCUGUUCAGUAGUCACAGACACCCUUCAACGACCGUAGUUAAACCUCCUAACUCACUCUAGUUGCUUUGUUUGUCUUCAAUGGAAUAAGAACAGCAGAAAGAAAGAACACAACUUUGGCCAGAAGACUUGGUGGGGGCAUUUUCUUUUCAGCCAAGAAGGGAUUCGGUGUUGAUGAGCAAUAUUGAUCUGUUGCUGCAGUAGGGGACCGAGUAAGAAUGCCAAACCAGCUAUGGUUUGCACUGCCAAUGAUUUACAAGGAUGGAAAGAUUUCCCAAAGGGACUUAGAGUUCUUCUGCUUGAAGGAGAUAGUAGUUCUGCUGCUGAGAUAAGAGAACAACUUGAGGCCAUGGACUAUAAGGUUUCCACUUUCUACGACGAGAAUGAAGCCUUGUCAGCACUCUCAAGUAGUCCUAAAGGCUUCCAUGUUGCCAUAGUGGAGGUGAGUACAAGCUGUAGCCUUGGAGGUUUCAAAUUUCUUGAGAAUGCAAAGGACUUGCCUACCAUUAUGACUUCAAAGGACCAGUGUCUGAACACCAUGAUGAAGUGCAUUGCGCUUGGUGCAGUUGAGUUUCUCAGUAAACCACUCUCUGAGGACAAGCUCAAGAAUAUUUGGCAGCAUGUUGUUCACAAGGCAUUUAAUUCUGGGGAAAAUGUCCUUUCUGAAUCACUAAAACCUGUCAAAGAAUCUGUAGAAUCCAUGCUGCAGCUCCAAACAGACAUUGGACAAGAUAAAAGUAGGAUUUCAAUUGAUUUAGAGAAUGUGUCGAGGUUUAGUGAUAAUGACCAUGAGCAGUCUGCUGUAUGUGAUAAAUAUCCGGCUCCGUCAACCCCUCAAUUAAAGCAGGGGACAAGGUUACUGGAUGAUGGAGAUUGCCAUGAGCAGACUAAUUGCUCAACAGAAAAAGAAAGUGGGGAACAUGAUAGGGAAUGUAAAUCUGUCGAAACUUCAUGUGGGAAUUUGAAUGCCGAAAGUUCUCCUCAGCCAAGGGAACCUGAUAAGACUCUGAUUAGGGAGGAAGAUGAUUUUGCCAAUGUUUCCAAGGGUGAGAGCGCUGUUUCACUGAAUCCACAUAAUAAAAAGUUUCUCAGCAAUGCCGAUGGUAAUACAUCUCCAAAUAAAACGGGUGUACUUAAUGAUUCAUGUGAGAUUAAAGCUAAUCGGAAGAAGGUGAAAGUAGACUGGACACCUGAGCUGCAUAAAAAAUUUGUAAAGGCUGUCGAACAACUAGGUAUUGAUCAAGCCAUUCCUUCUAGAAUAUUGGAGAUAAUGAAAGUGGAAGGUUUGACAAGGCACAAUGUGGCAAGCCAUCUUCAGAAAUAUAGAAUACACAAGAGACAAAGUGCACCCAGGGAAGAAGAUCGGAAAUGGCAUAAUCAAGGGGAUGCAAUGCAAAGGAACUAUUAUAUGCAAAGACCAAUCAUGGCAUACCCUCCAUAUCAUUCACAUCACACCCUUUCUCCAGCUCCUAUAUAUCCUAUGUGGGGACAACCUGGCAGUCAAACAGCCGGUGUACAGAUUUGGGGCCAUCCUGGUUAUCCCAUGUGGCAUCCUACAGAAAGUUGGCACUGGAAGCCUUAUCCGGGGGUGCAUGUGGAUGCUUGGGGAUGCCCGUUGGUGCCACCUCCUCAAGCUCCUUGUUUUCCCUACAAUCAAAAUACACCUGGAUUGCACAAUCCUAAAGCAGUUGACUAUAGAUUCAGCAUGCCACGAAGUUCCUUUGAGCAUCAUCCGGCAGAGGAGGUGGUAGACAAGGUAGUGAAGGAAGCAAUGAGCCAGCCAUGGCUACCAUUGCCCUUAGGACUCAAACCUCCUUCCAUGGAUAGUGUGUUGGCUGAACUCUCCAAACAAGGCAUACCCAGCAUCCCUCUUGGCAACAAGGGUUCUUCUACUCCUAAACCCCGUCGAGAUGUACGACCGACCCCGCCACCGGGUCCCACAUAGUAGUGGUUUUGAUGAUGGGGCCAGCCAGUUACAUAUCAACGCCCUGUUGACUCUUGUAAUUAUUUUGUUUCUCAAAUUUCCUUCCCAGGUUGCAACUACAGUGGUAGAUUUGGCUGGAAGUUGGGACCAUUUUACUUUGCCUGGUGGUCCCCGCCGCUACACCGACCACUCAUGAUGUCUCUCCUUAAGCUGUUGAGCGAUGAUGGUUGAUAUGAUAUGAUAUCAUCAGGUCUGGUCAUACACCACCAUGAUGCAUCACAAAUGGACAAUAAUACAUUGAUCCUAUUCCAUGGCCACUUGCCAAAACAAAACAUUAAAAAAAAGGUUAAGUUUCAAUGCAGUGCAUGGCACCAUUUGUUGAAGCUGAGGACUGGCCACGCAUUUGUUGUGGCUGAAAAGAAAGAUAAUAAUGGUGGUGGGGGGUUUUGGGUUGUAAGUGACCAACUUUGGGGUCCACGUAAAAAUUGCAUGACAGGGAUUGGAUGUCGGUUCUGUUGGUGUUGUUGGGUAGGGCCCCCUAGUUGAGGUGUCUAAUAAUGGAAAAAAGGGUAGUUAGGAUAAUGUUGUGAAUAAAAAAUGAGUCCUGGCUUUGGUGGAUGCUAACUUGUUCUUUUCCCAAUUUAAUUUGUUCACUCAGCUAAGUUCACCAUUGAGAACAACACUUAAUUUGUGCAUUGUUCAGAUGUUUCUACUUACCACGCUUUGGGUUUGUCCCUUUGUUUUUCCUCAAUUUAUUUUGAAAAUAAUUCUAA